AUCACCAAAAAUACCACUCACUAGAACAAGUCAGACCAUUUUUUUUAAUAAACUACAAAAUUAUUUAACAAAAAAUAAAUAAAAAUAAUCCAGAAAACACUCCCAUAAUUCUCCCCCUUUUUCUCUCUACUUUUUCUCCUUCUUCACACUAUAUUUUACAUUAUAUCUAUCAUUCAUUAAUUACAUCAUUUGGGCAUUUAUUUUUUCUCUUCAUAAACCAUAAACCCACCAAAAAUCUUGUAUAAAAUCAUCAAAAAAAUUCAAAAUUUCCAACAUUUAAACCCCACCAAAAACCCCCUGUUUUUGCCACUCAACAAAUUACUUAAUAUAAAUCAAAUUUUCAUCAAAAUUACAAAUACCCAGAAAUUUAAUUUUUCUGGGUUAAUAAUUAAAAGCUCUAAAAAUGGCGAAUAAUCAACCACAUCAUCAUCAUCAUGAAGGGUUAGGAGAUGAAUUCUUUGAGCAAAUAUUAUCAGUUCCGGGUUAUAAUACGGGUGGUGGAAGUGAUGGUGGCGGGUUUGUAGGUGGCGGGUCGGGUGGAGGUGAUGGGUCGUCAAUUUUGUUGGGCUUGGGCCCAGGAGACGGGUCGGGUCAUGGAGGUGUGAAUGUUGGGCUUGGUAUUGGUGGGUUUAGAGGUGGAAUGGGCUUGGGCUUGCCUUUGGGCCUGAAUUUGGAUCAUGGUAGUUCUUCCACUCAUGGUGGCGGUGAUGGUGGUAAUGCUUCUUCAUCUUCUAGAAUUAACGAGAGUGACUCAAUGCAUUUAUCAAACUUGUUUCCAGCAUUUGGUCAGCUGCAACAUCAGUCACUUCGUCCUGCACCUCCAUCUAUUCAAGUUCAUCAGACUUUCCAGGGUCAUACAGCACCAGGACCAGCUCCACCGAUGUCACAUCCACCUGCAAUCAGGCCUAGAGUGCGAGCAAGGCGUGGUCAGGCCACUGAUCCCCACAGUAUUGCUGAACGGUUACGUAGGGAAAGAAUAGCUGAAAGAAUGAAGGCUUUGCAAGAACUGGUUCCUAGCUGCAACAUGACAGACAGGGCGGCUAUGCUUGAUGAAAUCGUUGAUUACGUGAAAUUUCUGAGGCUACAAGUCAAGGUGUUAAGCAUGAGCAGAUUGGGUGGAGCGGGUGCUGUGGCACAACUUGUAGCUGAUGUACCCCCAUCAUCUGCUGAGGGGGAAGGCGUUGAUGGGGCACAGGCAGCAUGGGAGAAGUGGUCAAGUGAUGGCACGGAGCAGCAAGUAGCUAAACUAAUGGAACAAGACAUAGGAGCUGCUAUGCAAUUCCUUCAGUCUAAGGCACUCUGCAUCAUGCCUGUAUCACUGGCAUCUGCUAUUUUUCGGUCACAACCACCACCUCCUGAUCCUCCAGCAAUCAUCAAGCCCGAGGCAAACCCGCCUCCGUGAUUAACACCCUCUAAGGAUAAGGAUAUCAAGGGCAUUGCUAAAUGAAGAUGAGGUACAAUUUAGAUGAAGUCAUUUUCCCAGUUUUUUGUCAAAGAAGAGGAUGAUUGGCAAUGUUUAGGAGGAGAAAAAGCAAAUGGUGGGCACUAACAUGUUUUUCCUAUGCUAUGUUAUGGUGGUCAAGUCUAUAAAGUAUAAAGUUUGUCAAAUAUAAAUUUGAAAAAAUUAUUAAUCUUCUAGUAAUCAAAGGUGGGGGAAUUAGUGGGGUAUGACCCAGACAUUUGUGACCGAUGCUCUUUUGUUUUUCCUGUAUAGUGGACAAAAAUGUGGGACCCAAGCUUUUGGAAAAUGUUUGUAGCAUAAUUUAUAGUAUGAUGUUUAAGUAGAAUUGAAAUGUAUUGGACGUUGAAAUAAAUUGAUUAAUGGUUAGUUGUUUGAGAAAGCAAUGUUGGAAGCUU